GAAUAUACUGCAAUCAACAAAUAAAAACAAAACACCGAUUAUCAGUACUCUUUGUUUUCAUCUGAUGAAAUUCAUAUUUGCGUAUAAUAAAUAAGACAUGAUUAAUCUGAUGACAUAGAAAUUGACGCUUUGAGAUAAUAAGUAGACAAAAUUCAAUAAAAAGAACAGUCGCAAUAAGAUGGAAGCAGAAGCAGAACCGGAAUCAAAUCAGCCAACUGAAACAUUAAACGUUUUGUGUGGAAUUUGUAAUGAGUUUUACAAAGCGAAUGAUAUAAUAUUUUCAACAGCCAGUUGCGGCCAUGUUUUCCACAAGAAUUGCCUUAACCGUUGGCUAGCCCGCUCUUUGAGCUGUCCUCAAUGCAGAGCUAUUUGCCAUCGGCAGCGUGUGCAUCGCAUUUAUUUGAAUUUUGCAGAAUACACCGAAGUCGAGGAAGUAGAGCGCUCUCAGAUCCAAUGGAUGCCCAUCGAUUUGGAUGAACCUGUUCCGUCCGCCAUGCUCGACGGUGCUGUCCAAUGCGGCACCGAUCACGAAGGAUUUGAUACAUAUGUGGCACGCGUUUAUUUGCAUGAGGAUCUGCUACCCGCCAAUUAUGUGCCGCAAAAGAAAGCCGUUUACGCCCCCUGGAACUGCAGUGCACAUCAGCUGAACUCAGAGGUGGAACUAUUGGUACUAACGGAUUGUGAUGUUAAGUGGGUCGCUGCAGCAAACGGUGAAGUGCCGCCAGGUGGUCUAAAAACGGGUUACUCUGAACUAGGUGAGGCGCUUUACACCGCUCGAUCUGUGCAUGCCGGCCUGACCCUACUCGGCAAAGUACAUCCAUCCCAUCGAGUUAUAUAUAUGCCCCAUCAACGCGACGAGGUCUCCAACAGAAACUAUGAAGUACUGAUUGUCACGCCUAAAGAACAGGCUGAGCGCUGAACCCAAUUAGAGUUGAACGGGAUGUAUUCCAAUUGGUUUAUUUUUAUUCUGUGUUACUUUCUAUGAUCCGCCUUAAAAAUCUAUAUAUUUA